CCAUCGAAUUACUUGUUCGACCCAUCUUCUUCUUCAUCUCUAUCUUCGCCGUCGUUCGCUUCUUCCCUCGGAUAAGGCCUCUCGGACUUUGCUCCGAAUUCUCGGCAGGUUCUUCUUCACCCUAUUGCUUUCUGUCCAGUUUUUCCGAAACCUUCAGCUGCAAAAAUGGCCCAUACUUUCACCUACACAUCUGCCUCGUCUUUCAGAUUAAACUCCCUCGUUCCUGUUCCGAAUCCGAGCUCUUCUUCCGAGUCUCAGAAGCUCUUUCUUCCGUUGGAGAAUUUCCAUUCCAGGAAACUAGGAAAAUUCGUUGGAGGUGGAAGAAACCUCAAGAAUUCUCCUGUCAAAGCCAUCUACUCAGGCGAGUUUUCAUCAUUGGAUAAGAGUUCUCGCCGAGGACUUUGGUCUAUAAGGGAUGAUGUGCAAAUUCCAUCUUCACCAUACUUUCCAACGUACGCGCAAGGGCAAGGUCCUCCUCCAAUGGUGCAGGAGCGCUUCCAAAGUGUUAUCAGCCAGCUAUUUCAACAUAGAAUUGUUCGUUGUGGUGGUGCGGUUGAUGAUGAUAUGGCUAAUAUCAUUGUUGCUCAACUUCUAUACCUUGAUGCUGUUGAUCCCAAUAAGGAUAUCAUUUUGUAUGUAAAUUCCCCUGGUGGAUCUGUUACAGCUGGUAUGGCCAUUUUUGACACUAUGAGGCAUAUUCGACCAGAUGUCUCUACUGUCUGCGUAGGACUAGCCGCAAGUAUGGGAGCUUUCCUGCUUAGUGCUGGAACUAAAGGAAAAAGAUACAGCUUACCAAAUUCAAGGAUAAUGAUCCAUCAGCCUCUUGGUGGUGCUCAGGGUGGACAGACUGACAUCGAUAUUCAGGCAAAUGAAAUGUUGUAUCAUAAAGCUAAUCUUAACGGGUAUCUUUCCUACCACACCGGUCAAAGUCUCGAGAAGAUUAACGAAGACACUGAUCGCGAUUUCUUCAUGAGUGCCAAAGAAGCCGAAGAGUAUGGACUCAUAGAUGGAGUCAUCAUGAAUCCUCUCAAAGCUUUCCAACCUUUAGCAGCUGCAGCUUCCACCGAAAACGAGCCGGGUGCGUAAAUUUCCUCCUGCUGUGUAGCAACCGGUUAGAUAUUCUUCUUCUUGUAGAUUUAAAUGCAAAAACCAUCUUAGUGUAUGCAGAUUUUGACCAUUAUAACAACAUGGCUUCCAUGCUUUCAUCUUAGAAAAUCUUUAAAUGUCCAUUGAAUUCCUGUUAGUUUCCUUACACCACCAAGAUAUUUUAUUCAAAUGCCCCUCAAGUUUUUGGUUGGUUGGGAUGACAAGGAUAAUGUUAACCUGACACUUGGCAAUGUCUGGUUGGGCGUUGGAAAAGAUGCCGCCGACCCUAUAAAAGACAGCAUUAUUAUGAAGUCACUAUCUUGAUUGUGGAUUAA